UAAAGCGGGAUCCUCCAACCCCCAGGCGCUAUCAGCCCCACAGGAGGGAUUUUACCGACAGUAAUAGCCUUUUUACUUAACGCGUCCAAUUUACCUGGGUGAUCGUCCAAAAACGGGACGGUCUCGGUUUGGUAUCUCUCUGCCAGGACUUAAUCUCAGUAAGACAUGGUGCAUCGGGGAGCUCGUGAGGAAACAGCAUCGUUGUUUUUUGCGUAACACACACACACACAUAUGAACUUGGGAUACCGCUGGAUUUUACACAAAGAAAAAAACUAAGAUGCCUUAUAAAGUCGCAGAGAAUCACACAUCGACGCCAUCGCGAGGAUCUUCGUUUUUUAUCGAGAACUUGCUUGGCUCAGAUCGCACCGAACCUCCUGCCUGUCCUGUCAACCCCAUCCUAGAUGGCGAGGGACACCGGGAGACGAUACACACGACAGUGCAUCAGCAGGAAAUGUGUCAUGAAGGGUUCAACACACACUCCAAGCUGGAAAUGUGUCGAAAAGGAUCACCGCCCUCGCUGUGGUACGGAAGGGACUCCCUGAAUCUCGGAGCUCUAGAGAGAUCUGAGAGUCCGAAAGAGGAAACCAGUAGUUCAUACGAACACAUCGACUCCGUCUCCAGCGACAGGGACUCCCCGGUAGUGUCUGAAAGACCAGGCGCAGACCUCGUGCGAGAGGCGGCUGAGAGCAUCAUCACCGGUGAACGCGACGAAGCGAGACGGCUCUCGGAUGAGCGCGCGCAUCCUGACACGACCGAGUCAGGUUCAGUGAGGAAGAAGAAAACGCGGACGGUGUUCAGCAGGAGCCAGGUGUUCCAGCUGGAGUCCACAUUCGACGUGAAGCGGUACCUGAGCAGCUCGGAGCGCGCAGGCCUCGCCUCGUCUCUACACCUCACCGAGACGCAGGUGAAAAUCUGGUUUCAGAACCGGCGCAAUAAGUGGAAGAGACAGCUGGCUGCUGAACUGGAGGCUACCAGCGUUACGCACUCAUCUCAGCGCAUCGUGCGCGUCCCUAUCCUGUAUCAUGAGAGCGCCACGCUGGGCCUCAAUGUGCCACAACUGUCGCCUCCUAUCGUGGGCUUUACGAGCUCAGUGAGCUACCCACUCGGUAAUUUCACUCAUUCCGUCAGUCUGCUGAGGUCACAGCUAACAGGACUUGUCUGAAUUCACAGACUGAAAGAUGGAGAGUCGUACACGAUCGGGUUUAUUUUAUUACUGAAGUGCAAUAACACAUACGGCCACAGAAAAAUACAACCAUCCAAAGAUCUCACAUAAUAUGAUUAAACAGCAAAUCUCCCAGGUAAUUAUUAAUUAAUACCUAGUGUUGAAUUGUCUCUUAGAAUUAGGCUGUACAGAUCCAACUGGACAAAUAAAUACACUCAUCUGAUGUCCCUCUGGGGAAGCAUUAAAGUUCUGUGUAGAACCUACAACAGUGUCUCCUUUUUAGAAGAAUUCAUUGGUUAAUGAGCCUUUUUUUCUAAGAGUGCACAAUUUAUUAAACAAUGGGAAUUUUACUGUGUAUAUAACAGAAAUAUUUUAUUUUCAGUGUUAUUUCAGAAGUCUAAAACAGUCUAUGCAUGGGGACUCAGGCCCUCCUAUUGGCCUAUAUGUAUUUAUUUGAGAUUUGCUUUGUAAGAGAAAUAUUUUUUAUUCAGAUACACUUAUUUCUAUGUUUUUGUCACUUUAUUUU